GAGCUACUUGAUUUAAGGAGCUUGCGGUCAGGGUGAAGAAAGACAGCUGCUGCAGCAUGAACUCCCUGAGCUGAUGAGUCUUAUUAUAGCCCAGCGGGCGGAAGACAGAGCACCACACCUCACCUCCCAGGCGAAGGUGGAAGGGAAGCAGGAGGCCAUCGGGCGGCAAGAGCGGGGCCUGGGCCUCACACCUGACCCAGCAGCAGACUGCCUCUUCGGGGGCCAUGGACUGACAGGUAGCACGCACUGAAGGGCUCCUCUCUCCCCAGGGGUGCAGGGACUUGAGAGCUGUGGCAUUCACCAUGCUGGCCCGGGGCAGUGGCCCCGAGCAGAGGACCAGGCUUGCCCUGCCGUGGAGGCAGAUUUCCUGGAUCACCUGCUGGAUCACCCUGUAUGCUGUGGAGGCCCUCCCCUCCUGCCCCUACUCCUGUAAGUGUGACAGCCGCAGCCUGGAGGUGGACUGUAGUGGCUUAGGCCUCACCAUGGUGCCCCCGGACUUGCCCGCUGCCACUCGAACCCUCUUACUCUUGAACAAUAAGCUGAGUGCCCUGCCUAGCUGGGCAUUCGCCAAUCUGUCCAGCCUACAGCGGCUGGACCUGUCCAACAACUUCCUGGACCAGCUGCCCCGUUCCAUUUUCGGGGACCUGACCAAUCUUACAGAGCUGCAGCUCCGCAAUAACAGCAUCAGGACCCUGGACAGGGACCUGCUGCAGCACUCGCCUCUGCUCCGCCACCUGGACCUGUCCAUCAACGGACUGGCCCAGCUGCCCCCUGGCCUUUUUGAUGGACUCCCAGCUCUGCGCUCCCUAUCACUUCGCUCCAACCGUCUGCAGAACCUGGACCGGCUGACGUUCGAACCCCUUGCAAGCCUGCAGCUGCUGCAGGUUGGGGACAACCCCUGGGAAUGCGACUGUAAUCUUCGUGAUUUCAAGCACUGGAUGGAGUGGUUCUCCUACCGAGGGGGGCGCCUGGACCAGCUUUCCUGCACCCUACCCAAGGAGCUGAGGGGGAAGGACAUGCGUGUGGUCCCUAUGGAGAUGUUCAACUACUGCUCCCAGCUGGAGGAUGAGAAUAGCUCAGCCGGGCUGGAUAUUCCUGGGCCACCCUGCACCAAGGCCAGCCCUGAACCUGCUAAACCUAAGCCAGGGGCCGAGCCUGAGCCAGAGCCCAGCACAGCCUGCCCCCAGAAGCAGAGGUAUCGGCCGGUGAGCGUGAGGCGGGCCAUCGGCACAGUGAUCAUCGCGGGGGUUGUCUGUGGCAUUGUCUGCAUCAUGAUGGUGGUGGCUGCUGCCUAUGGCUGCAUCUAUGCCUCCCUUAUGGCCAAGUACCACCGGGAGCUCAAGAAGAGGCAGCCCCUAAUGGGGGACCCGGAGGGUGAGCAUGAAGACCAGAAGCAGAUCUCUUCUGUGGCGUGAGAGCCCAGCCCCACUUGGCCUAGGGACACCAGCCCAGAGGCCUUGAAGCUACAGCAUGUGUGGAUGGCAGCCUCCUGGGAGCCCAGGCACAUACGCCACUGGGUGUUUCUUCAGCGCUAAGGACAUCAUCACUGCCAGGCCCCGUGGGGACACCCACCAGUUCCACUCCUAUAGCCUGCAGCCCAAGAACCAUUGCCCUGUACCCCUCACCCCUCCAUCUUCAGCAGCUCCAGCCCUGGGACCUUGGGGCGGGGAUUGGGUCAUGAUUGGUGGCAUCUUGGGAAAGCAGGUGGUCCUCGCCAAAGCUCACUGCCUGCCAGCAUAUUCCAAGCAGACCCCAGGGGCAGAGAGAAGGCUGUCACAUUCUGCUUAGAGGCCUCAGUUGUGGGGCUCCUUUCCCAGGGUUUUAUGUGCUCAGAAAGGCUUUCUGGAGGUUUUAAUUGCACCCGAACUGGGUUCCAAACCAGAGCAUGGGCCAGUGGGCCUGUUUGUGACUUGUAGCCUACACCAAAGGGGCCGCAGGUGAGAAGAUGGCUGUUUGGGGCUUGGGAGGUCAUUAGUCCUCUCUUGUAGGUCUGUCCCUUCCCAUGAGUCUGAUCUCAGAUGAGUACUAGGUCUCCCUCUGCUGGACACAAGUUUUCCCAAGGCUUCCGGAGGGUCAGGAGGCAUCAGGCUGGUUUCUGGCUCCAAGACGGUAGUCUUGGUGGUGGCCUGGGAAGAGGCCGCUGGAACACUGAGGUCAAGGGUCUGAAGAGGAACAGGGCAGGACAUGGAAGGCCCACCUUGCCUUGCACCCCUCGAUUCUUCCACCUCAUAGGGGACCAUGGUGGGUGAAGGGGGUGGUGGGGGAAGGCAGGGAAUGCCUUCAAUUAGGCCUUUCUCCAGCACAGGCUGCUUAGCAGGCUGCUAAACAUGUCUCCUGAGGCUGGGGGCAUAGUCUUCCUUCUUUCCAGCUGAUACCAGAUCUAGGCAUUUUCUAAGGGAAAAAGAGGGGAGGGGUGGGCGUUGUCAAUGGUGGUAUCUUCAGCCAGAGACAGAAGAUUUUUAAAGGCAAAAUUAUAUUUCUGGUUUGUUGUUUCAGAAGAACAAUAAAGACUGUAUUUUCCUAUGUA